ACCGGUGUGGGGCUCGCGCUGCCGCGCAUCGGAGCCCCGCUUAGGCUCCCGCGUAGAGUGCGGGGAGCUGGGUCAGGCAGUCGCUGGGGCACCCUGCUUGGAAAGUGCCGGAGCGCUCUGGAGAAGCCUGGGCAGCCCCGCUCCCCAGCAGCCAGGUGCUAGGGUCCGGAGCUAAAGUGAGAGUCCGGCCGUCUUCGAGCGCCUGGGCCACGGCGGCGGCCCUGGGAGCAGAGCCGCCUCUCUUGCCGGCAGGUCCUUUGUGCCUGCUGUCCUCGCUUAAUCGCCAGCCUCCGUUCCGCAGCUGCCACAUAACCCUGUGGAGCAACCCCGUUACGCUAAAGAUGAAAGGCUGGGGUUGUUUGGCCCUGCUUCUGGGGGCCCUGCUGGGAACUGCCUGGGCUCGAAGGAGCCAGGAUCUACACUGUGGAGCUUGCAGGGCUCUGGUGGAUGAACUAGAGUGGGAAAUUGCCCAGGUGGAUCCCAAGAAGACCAUUCAGAUGGGCUCUUUCCGAAUUAAUCCGGAUGGCAGCCAGUCAGUGGUGGAGGUGCCUUAUGCUCGCUCAGAGGCCCACCUCACAGAGCUGCUAGAGGAGGUAUGUGACCGGAUGAAGGAGUAUGGGGAGCAGAUUGACCCUUCCACCCACCGCAAGAACUACGUACGUGUAGUGGGCCGGAAUGGAGAAUCCAAUGAACUGGACCUACAGGGCAUCCGAAUUGAUUCAGACAUCAGUGGCACUCUCAAGUUUGCGUGUGAGAGCAUUGUGGAGGAAUUUGAGGAUGAACUCAUUGAAUUCUUUUCCCGAGAGGCUGACAAUGUUAAAGACAAACUUUGUAGUAAGCGAACAGAUCUAUGUGACCAUGCCCUGCACAUAUCGCAUGAUGAGCUAUGAACUACUGGAGCGGCCCAGACUGACAGGCUUGAUGGAUCACCCCCAGGAGGGGAAGAGGGUGGCAAUGCCUUUUCUAUUAUGUUUUUACUGAAAUGAACUGAAAAAUUGUGAAACCAAAA